AUGCCUUCUUCACGUCUUUAUAACGACUAUGGAAUAUACUACGAACUCAUUAACGCUACUGCCUUCUGGGCCAACCUCACAGCCACCAACGGAAUCCAGAAGGACUGGGUGCAAUUCGGGCACAAAGAUGUCGGAUCAAGUUGGGGCACGAUCAUCGAGGAUGCACUUCCAGGAAUCUAUAAUUUGGCCGAGACAAUAUAUCUGACCCAGAUACUGUCGGCCACUGGUGCAAAUGGAGGAAGCAUGAACAAUGUGCUUCUCACCAUCUCGACCGUCGUGUUCACGCUGGGUCAAGCGGCAGCAAACAUGGGCGACGUGGUCUAA